AUGCCCUCGCUACGAGAUAUCUUACACAAGCGUGAAGGCCUCAACGAGAGGACCCAAGCACCAACUAUCAACACACAGAACCUCCCAUCCUCCCCGCCAACCCCGGAGAUCACCCUCCUCCGCUCCGACACCUUCAGCCAAGAAGUAAUCAGCCCGCCAGCACACCCAGACGACGAGCGCUACCUGGACACGCUCGCUACACCAGACUCCCCCCCCCCCUCCCCAACGACCUCGCGCCGCAGUUUCCAAUUCUUCCACCGCUCCGGAUCGAUGCGCUCGGUCUCCAGUCCCUCUCCGCCCCGCCCCCGCGGCGAGCGGCGCCUCUCGAACCUGCUCCCCCACCGCGGCCGCAGCAACUCGCAAGAGUCGUCCGCGAAUAUCCCAGAGGGUUUGCCGCAGAUUGCGGACGAGGAGGGUGUUGAUAAACAGGAGCGCGAGGCACAAUGGGAGAAGCGGGCUACGGUGUUGGUGCAGAAGAAUCCGCACUUCGGACAGUCGCUUUCAUCGCCGCUGCUGUCGGACGGCGAUUUGUCAUUGCCAGGCGGGCAGGGGAGGUCGAGGAGCUCGAGUCGGAGCCGUGUUGGAGACCCGCAGGAUGAUGUUAAUAUCCAGGAGGCCAUUCGGCUGCAUGAAGAGGGUGAUCUUGGACGAUCGACCCAGAUGUUUGGCCAACUCGCCGACCUCAACGGUCAUAAUAACCCCCUCAGCCAAGUGCUCUACGGCUUGGCCCUUAGACACGGUUGGGGCUGCACUAAAGACGAAGUACGCGCGGUCACAUAUCUUUCCGCGGCGGCAACAAACUCCGCGGCUGUCGAGUCGGAGGCUUUACGCGCAGGCAUGAAGAAGGGCGGUGUCGCGAAAGGCGAGCUGGUACUCGCUAUUUUCGAGCUUGCAAACUGCUUCCGCAUGGGCUGGGGCGUGCAGAAAGAUCCCGCCGCGGCAAGGCAGUAUUAUGAGACUGCUGCGAACCUGGGUGAUACCGAUGCCAUGGAUCAGGCUGCGUGGUGUUAUCUCGAGGGAUUCGGGGGAAAGAAGGAUAAGUUCAAGGCAGCCAAGUACUACCGACUGGCUGAGGAGAACGGGAGUCCUACCGUUGGGAACUCUUGGAUUUGGAAAGAAAAAUACAAUCCCAAAUGA